GGUAUGAGUGGUGAAAUUCAUCGCGGAAGUGAGAAAUUUAGACAGCUGUGCUGUUUAAACCGUCUUCAUGCGAAGAUCUGUCUAAUAAGUAGUUAGACAAUAAUCCUAGAAUUCUGACAUCGGAGAUUGGUGCAUGGAAGUAUAUAAAGGCCUAAACAAAUUAAUUAACAGAAUUAACAUUCUGAAUUUGGACGUAGCAUAUAGUUUUAUAAGAUAAUAAGAUUGGCAAGAGAGAUAAAUCAUGGAGGAUCUAACACGUGUAAUGUACAGCAUGGUGGAUGCUUCAGUCAGCGACAAGUCCACUAUUUCCCAGGGUCAGCCCAUCUCAGUUGAUCAAGUCAUGAAUAACGCCGGCGGGUACGGCUGGACGGUCACCCCAAUGGGCAGGGUGAGAAGAUUUCUGUGUUUGGGCUCAGAAGGUGGUACAUACUACGUCAAAGAAAAAACGCUCACCCAGGAAAAUGCUGCCUGCAUUGAGAGGUUAAUUGCAGAUGGAAAAGGGAAAGAGGUUGUCAACGAAAUAAGGACAUUUAGUGUGGAGGGCAGAACUGCAAAACAAAGUCCCAUCCUAUUUGCCUUAGCCCUUUGUGCUCGCUCCAAGGAUCUGCCUACUCAGAAGACAGCUUAUGAAGUGCUAAAUGAUGUCUGUAGAAUUCCUACUCACUUGUUUGAGUUUAUUGAAUACUGUGAACUUCUGAGCUGUGGCACAGGCUGGGGUAGAGCUCACAGAAGGGCUGUCUGUAAAUGGUACAAUCAGUUCCAAAGUAAUCCAAUGAAACUGGCCAUGCAUGUCACCAAAUAUCGAAAUCGUAAAGACUGGACACACCUGGAUGUACUGAGGUUAGCCCACAUUAAACCUGCUGAUGCUCAGAUUGGAGCUGUCACCAGGUAUGUUGUCAAAGGACUUACUGCAUCCAAAGAAUUCUACGUGACAGAUGAUUGCGAGGAAAGCAUUAAGAAAGUGUUUGAGUUUAUCUCUGCGGUUGAGGCUGCGAAAUCAUCCACAGAAGAGAAAGAUGUUGUUGAACUGAUCAGCAAACAUGACCUUGUGAGAGAACAUGUGCCAACUAAACUGCUGAACUCUGUCGCAGUAUGGGAGUGUCUCCUUAACAAGAUGCCCAUGACUGCUUUGAUAAGAAACUUGGGGAAAAUGACCGCUAUAAACCUAAUUACCCCUGGAAGUCCUGCGGAGUCUCUGGUAGUCCAAAAGCUAAGCAAUGAAGUCUCCCUAAAGCACGCCAGAAUCCAUCCUUUCAGUGUGAUGGUGGGGUUGAAAACCUACAGUAAGGGCUCAGGAGAGAAAGGAAGGCUCAAGUGGACUCCGUCAGAGAAAGUUGUGAAGGCGCUUGACGCGGCGUUCUACAAGGCCUUCAAGUAUGUGGAGCCCACAGACAAGCGUUAUUGCCUGGCUGUGGAUGUGAGUGGGUCUAUGAGCUGUCCUGUGAUGGGUACACCCAGCAUAAGUGCUGCUGAUGCCGCCACUGCCAUGAUGAUGUGCACCGUAAAGACGGAGCGGCUGUGUGACGUGGUGGCAUUUAGUGACAAUCUCACCCCAGUCCAUGUGAACCCUAACCACACCCUGAGACAGGUGCUAACAAUGACCCAGAAAAUCCCCAUGGGGGCCACGGACUGUGCCCUGCCCAUGACCUGGGCCCAAGAGAAGAAGGGCAAGUAUGACGUGUUUAUCGUGUACACGGACUGUGAAACCUGGUGUGGGACGAUUCACCCUGCUGAAGCGCUUCGUCGGUAUCGACAGUCCUCAGGAAUUUGGGACGCGAAACUGAUCGUCUGUGGGAUGGCUUCCACAGCUUUCACAAUAGCUGACCCUAAUGACCCUGGGAUGCUGGAUAUAGUGGGCUUUGAUUCGGCGGCCCCGGAAGUUAUGAAAAACUUCAUCAAUGGACUUAUCUGCUAAGCAAUGCAAUACAGGUUAAAAUAAAUUGAACAAGUAUUCUUACCAUUUUUUGUCUUCAAUAAAAUACAAGCAGUUGUGUUACAACAGGUACACCUUCAAAACAUUCUGCUGCCAUUACUCUUCAUUUUUUUUAUUUGUAUUUCAUAUGAAGUAACUGUACGUAAACCAAUGUAGUAUGUAAAUUUGUGAUAAUGUUCUUUUUCAGUAUUAAAUGUAUGUCCUGUGGUUAAAGGUAUGUGUUAAACAGAAACAUUAUUUUGUAUCUGUGUUGUAAUGUUUGUUCUCUUUCAUUCACAAUUACACUAAAAUAAUGUGAACUGUGGAAUGAGUUACAUAUCUAUGCAUAAUUUAAAAGAAAUUAAGCAAAUUAAUGUUUUCUACU